AUGGCCGGUGAAAAGGGUAAUCAAUCUAACAACUUUUUGGAAUCUCCAGUCAAGUUUAUUCAAGAAGGCAACAACUUUUUAAGUAAAUGUAAGAAGCCAAACUUAAAGGAAUACAUGCAAAUUAUUAGAGCCGUUGGUGUUGGCUUUGUAGCUGUUGGUAUCAUUGGUUAUGCUAUCAAAUUGAUCCACAUUCCAAUUAGAUACAUUAUUGUUUAA